AAUGGCUUUUGAUUUUGAUCAUAAUGUUGCAAUAAAACAUAAUGGACAACGUGUUUUAUUAUUAUUGGAUAAUUGUGGAAGUCAUAAAAUCGAAGGUUUAAAUCUUUUACAUGUUGAUAUUCAUUUUUUACCUCCAAAUACAACUUCUCGAAUACAACCAAUGGAUUCUGUAAUUAUUAUGUCUUUUAAAAGACAUUAUCGUAAUUAUCAUAUUCAAUGGAUUUUUAUACAAGAUCUAAAGAUGGAUAUUUUGCAAGCAAUCCGUUUUGUAAUAUUAAGUUGGAAUGAAAUCACAAUUGAAACAAUUCGUUCAUUUCAUCUUCCCAAUGAAAUAAAUGUAGAGGAAUUUCUUUCAAUGCCAGUAGAAAAUAUCAUUUAUGAAGUUUUAGAAGUGUAUUAA